CAAUGGGGCUAUACAUUCUGGCCUGACUAUGACUUGUAUGAUGACUUUUGGCAUGAUCGUUAUAGUGGAUUCAGACCAAUCUACAAAAGUUCAUACUAUCCACGUCGUUAUUACCAUCCUGAUAUAAUGCCCAAUCCGCAUUACUGGAGUGGACCAUAUACCACAUGGACGAAACAAAGAGGAUUUUGGUACGACUACAACUCACCAUUCUACUAUCGAAGAUACUUCACUUAUUACGACGACUACCCACGCUAUAUUUACACCCCUUUUCGCACCAGAAACUAUGCUCCAGGAACUAUCGCACUUCACGGUCGUUACUACUGAAAAGCGAAGAACCC